ACUUGAAGGAGCCGCUCGUUUCGUCAGAGGCGGAUACGCUAAAGCUGAUUGGCUCCUCGUUGGCGCCGGGAACCGAGCGAUGGAGUUGCAGGCCGAGUUGACCGGCCGCGAUGGCCUGAAACGAGCGUGGCGUGUUCAGUGUGAGCCUCCGGGAGAACUGCGGGGCCUGCUGGCGGGCUUGUCUCGGCUGCGGGAGGAAGUCGCCGCUCGGCUUGACCCUCUGGUGCAGAAGGAGAGCGUCGCUGCCUCCGGAGACCGGGAUGAGCGUGGAGAUGAUGAUGAUGAAGAUGGAGAUGAAGAAGAGGAAGAGGAGGAAGAAGGAAAGCAUAUCAACACCAAAGCAUACUCAGAUGAACCACCAUUAAAACGGACAAAAUCACACUCCUGAUAGAAACUAUAACUUUUUUUAAAAAAAUUAAAGUUCCUGUACUAUGAAAAUUUAUCUUUUAAAAAAUUGAAGGUUUGGAUAUUUAAAAUACUCAAGUUUUGUAUCUGUAAAUUGAAAUGAUUCAACAAGAUCGUAUGUGUGAGGAAAAAAGAAGCAAAGUUGAAAGUACCCUUUCUGCUUGGGAAAGGCAACAAUGAAAACGCUUGACUGGAGCAACUACUGCUAGGCAGAAAUACCCUCCUCAACUCCCAACAAGUCUAGGCUCAGCUAAUUCCCCCCCUCCAAGAGUUUUACAGCCCAGCCUCUACCAGAAAACCUCAGGGGGAAGCACUUAGUUGCUCUUUAAUCUGCCAAGA